CUAUGGCAUUUUCAAUACAAACUCAAUUACCAACACACAGAUGGUUAAUAACAAUAACAGUUUUGUGCGCCAUUACCAAAUUCAUCAAUGCGGACAAUUGUUUUCCAUCCUUAUUUGGAGUUAUAUUAUUCGCUUGGGUUCCACAAGUGUCAGCUGAAUGUCAAACACGUUCCAUAUACUGCUAUGAAUGUGACUCGUGGACAGAUGCCCGAUGCAAGGAUCCAUUUAAUUACACGGCAUUGCCUAGAGAUCAGCCACCGUUGAUGACAUGUAACGGCUGUUGUGUGAAAAUGGUGCGACACUCGAAAUCACCCUACGAAGUUGUUAGACGCAUGUGUACGUCACAACUACAAAUAAAUUUAUUUAUGGUCGAUCAUGUGUGCAUGAUGGAAAGUUCAGGCAAUGGACAUAUGUGCUUUUGUGAGGAAGAUAUGUGCAAUUCUAGUAAAAAUUUAUACACAUCAUCUAACAUACCUUACAUUAUCGCCACAUUAAUGACAUUCUUAGUAGUGCUAAAUACACAUUUAGGAACAUCACAAUUCCUUCUCCUACUAUCAUCAUCCGUUUCUACUAUUUUUCAAACAUUAUGGUCGUCAUCAUGGUUAAUAAUCUCCUACUUCUUCUACUUCUUAUCAACAUCAUUAAUUGCGUAUUUAACCUCCGCCGAGGAUUGCGACAAGCACCAAGGGGCCGAUUCCAAUAUAGGCUAA